AUGAGCUUGGGAGUUCCAACAACGGCGGUAUGUGUAAUUUAAAUGUAUCAUAUUAUCGGGAACGGCACAUGACAUGAUAUCGGAUAUUUCCAGAUUGUCAGAAAGACCGAGAAUGGUCGAAAUAAGGUGGCUCUGGGUGCCAAUAAAGGGCUCAUGGAAUGGAUUCGAAUCUCGGCCAAUGGAAAUAUGGCCAGUCAGAAAAUGAUGGGUGUAGAUCAGAAUGAGUUGAUGAAACACGAUCGAGUCGAGGACUGUUGGAUCAUGUUAUUUGGUAUGGUGAGUUUGAUUGCGUAGGCAGGAAUGUAUUACGCAAAUUUUUGUUAUGUUAUACGUGACAUAUUCUUUUCACAAAUUGAAAAUCGAAAGCAAAUGAGCUUUACGAAUUUUAGGUAUAUGACAUCACAAGAUACCUCGAAUUUCAUCCGGGUGGUGUUGAGGAGUUGAUGAGAGUGGCAGGAAGAGAUGGAACACAGCUUUUCCAGGAAUAUCAUGGAUGGGUCAACUAUCAGAACAUGCUGAAGAGUUGUUUGGUGGGGCCAUUUAGAGGUCCUACGAAUAAAUGUUAGUCUGGCAUCGCCUUUUCCUAUUCUAUGUUUAGUAAAGUCCCCAGAAAAGCCUGUGCUUUCCGUCGAAAUCUCCAAUCAUUCUCAGGUUACACUGAAAGAAUUUGGAUUGUCGUAAGUUUAUAUUCUUUUUUAGUUUGUUUUUUAGGAUUGACGCUGACAAGAACAACAUUACUAUCAAACCGUUGAACGGACUGACAUUGAAGUUUCUAAUAGCUCAGGAAGACCCAAAUGCUCUCCAUAUUACUCUGAGAGUGUCAGGGAAUGUAAUGACACUUAAAUUUCCUGCGGGUAUGUUAAGAUUUUCUUGUUCAGUGUCUUCUUUAGUCAGAGAUUACGCCUUGGAACGACGAUAUACGAUAGUUAGUGGUGAUUGUAAAUGCGUAAUCACGUCCGAAGACGAAAUUCCAUUCCAAAUACAAGGCCUUUCUUUUAUAAAAGAGAUGAGUGAGUGUUUUUUUUGCAAUAUAGUUAUAUCUCUGCGUUUUAGUUGCUAAAUUUGUCCCUUUCCCAGUAGAAUCGACGAGAGAGCUUACAAAAUCUCUGAUUUUGUAUACUGUAACAAUCCCAAAGUUGACCAAAGUGAAUAUUCCCUUAGGGCAUCAUGUUUAUAUACGGGUCAAGAAAGGAAGUAAGUUUGUUUUCGUCGAAUUUAUCGUUGUAAAUUUUUAGAUAACCGGUUACAUAAGCCGUUUACUCCAUUUUGGAUUAAGAGUGAGCCAGGAUUCAAGGACAAGAUACAAUUUCUCAUCCGAAUAUACCCAGAUGGGAUCAUUUCUCCUGCAUUUCGGGAUCUAAAGACCGGUAACUUUAUUAUUUUUAUUCGGUUUCCAUUUUUUUCACAUAUUUUUAUGUUACUUUAGGUGACACGAUGGAGAUAUCAAAUUCCAUGGGUUUAUUUGAAAUGAACUGCUUUAAAAGUACAAAUUUUGUUUAUGUGGCUGGAGGAACUGGGAUUACACCGAUGCUUAAUAUAAUUAAGACUCAAUUGGAUAGCGGGUGUGUAUGAGAAUGUGUAAUAUAAAGAAAUAAUUUACAGGAAUAGAAACAACCAUUUGUAUUUCUUCAACCGAUCGAGUGAUGAGGUACCAGAGUUGGACUUCCUACCCUUCGAAGUCGAUGAUAUUCACAUGGAAAUUAUAACAAGCCAGCCGGAAGAAAAUUGGAAAGGAAGAACCGGAAAGGUCAAUCAGAUUGUGGACUUUAUGAGGGAGGAUAAGGUCGGGGAGAUGGAGGAUUGUAACUUCUUGGUUUGUGGACCUAUUGCAUUCAAUAGAAAGGCUGUAGAGUAAGUCAUUUAUAUUGAUUUAGAUACGUUUUGUGCCCAGAAUUAUUUUUCGAUAAUUUUAGAUCGCUGAAAACUGCCGGCAUAUCAGAAGAGAGUAUUUUUGUAUUUGAAUAA